GCAAAAUAGUGAAAUAGAAAUUUUACCUUUAUAUCAAACAAGAUAUUUGAUGCAAUUCCAACAAAAUAAUCAAAAUUUUCUUAGAAUUGAUUUAAUGGAAUCUGAGUUUGAUAAUAUUGAACUUGACCACAGUUCGAAUUCAAUAAAUAAUCCUUGGUUUACUAAUAUUAUACAAGACGGUUUUAGAUUCUUUGGAAUCAAUAAUUAUGACUUGGUUUCAAUCUCAAAGAGCUUAAAUAGCUCGUUAACAACUAAAGAAUUUUAUAAAAGCUAUCAACAUGCCCAAUAUGAAAAUUUUGAAAAUUUUGUGUGUGUGAUUGGUGAAUCGGCAUUUAAUUGUAAAACUUGGCAAAAUAAAAGUAUGAACUUCGGAAUUGCAAUAUCAACA